UUGCAGGCGUUCAGAAAUCCCAUACGACGCCAUAUCAUCCCAUGGGCAAUGGCUCAUGUGAGAGGAUGAACAGGACUUUGGGGAACAUGAUUCGGGCACUGCCACCAAGGUCAAAGCAUAGGUGGCCUCAGGCACUGAAAUCUCUCACAUUUGCCUACAACUGCACCAUCCACGAGACCACAGGGUAUGCUCCGUUUCUUCUGAUGUUUGGGAGGACACCUAGGCUGCCCAUUGACCUGGCUUUCAGCUCUGUCUUGAAUGUCCCGGAGGUUGUGAGCUAUGAUGAGUAUGUUCAGUUUCUGAGGCAGAGUCUGAAGGAGGCUAUGGGGGUUGCGCAAGCCUCAGCUUCCAAACAGUUGAGGAGACAUGCUGAACUAUACAACCGAAGGGCCCGGGGAGCUCCUGUUGAAGUCGGUGAUCAGGUAUUGUUGGCCAACAAGGGUGAACGUGGUAAACGCAAGCUUGCUGACCGUUGGGAGGAUGCCACUUACCUUGUCAUCGGGGUGAAUGCUGACAGUCACACCUACAAAAUUCAGCAUGACUCGACCGGUGAUGUGAAAACAGUCCACCGCAACCUGAUAACACCAGUUAACUUUCUGCCACUCCCCGACAGAGUUUCUUUAGACGAGCAGGACUUUUCUGUCUCCUCUGUUUCUGAUUGUCCACGUGUGGCAGGAGGUGAUGUUUUUAUGGAUGACGACAUGUCGACAGAUGCAGCUGAGUACAGAACCAAAGUUUGGGUUUCUCAGUUGCCUUCCGAGGGGUCUGGUGACCAAGGUGGGGAGGUUGAUGGCCAAUGUCAGGAUACCCAGCACACUGCACAUCUUGAACCAUCUUUGCUUCAGUCACACGAUGGUGGCUCUGGUCAACUCAGCUGUCAGGGUGAUCCACUCCCUUCACCUGCUUUAGUGGGACUUAAAUCUCAGGACCCCCAGCAGCCAGUUUCUGAGUCAUGUAACAUGGGAUCUGGCCAGGGUGAUGGAUUUUGCACUGCCUUGGCUAUUGUUUCUGGGUCAAGUGACCACAUUCCUAUGCUGCAUGAUGCUCCUGCUCCAGUUCCACCAGACGAACCAUCGCGUAGUAUUAGGUCUAGGGCGGGGAGGUUGCUUAGACCUGUGACUAGGCUUAUUGAGAUUAUGGACCAAAAGAUAAGGGUAAACUGAUAGGUGGAUCAAUAGUGUUCAAAGGGAUGUACUAAGAGUUUGAAUAAAUUCUCUCUAAUGUGUUCAUGAAUGGUUCGGUUCUGUUCGACAACGUGGAGGGGAGAUAUGCCUUCCUAACUGCUCGAUAUGUUGUUAAUGGUGCAACUGAUUACUUGAGAUGUGAAAUGGUUGUUUUUUUUUUUUUUUCUUCUUUUCUUACUCCUGUGUGGGUGGGGUUAGCUUAGUAGAUACAGGGCAAGGUUUCUCAUGCUUGUAUCCCUGACUGUCGUUUUUUUUACUGAGGGUCUGUGGGGUCACAUUGUGUAUUAGACAUGUAACAGGCAUGUUUACCUAAGAUGGUUUUGGGGGUUUGGCCAGCCUCUUUCUCCUCUAAUUCUUUCAGAGAAUAGUCUCCUGACUGGGUUACAUGUGACUUCACGGUGUUGGCUUCCUCUGUCGUUUUUUUUCUGAGGUAUACUGUAUAUAUUCUUAUAUGUGAUGUUUGUUUUGUUUUCUUUGUUGUUUUAUUGUUCAGGGUUGCGCUUAUGUUCAGUGCCUGAUGUGUCACUCACCUGGUUAGAUGUUUGUUUGUUUUCUCUCUCUUUUUUUUUUCCCUUUUCUUUCUUUGCCUGUUUUUGUUUUGUGUGUAAGUGGAAUUCAGCAGGGGGGAGUGUAACAGAUUUUAGCUGUUGAUUCCACUUGACACAGUGACAAGCAAUCAGAUUUGCUGUUACAUACAAUAUGUAUCAUGGACACUCACUGGUUGCCAUGGCUCCCCUCAGCAUAUAAAUACUGGCUGUGACGUCACCUCAGUACCAGUACGUGAGGAUUGAGCCCAUGCUGUGCCGAGAAACUGCUAUAUAUGAACGUGACCAACCAGUGGGUUUCCUUGCUGUCUUACAGGUACAUAUGUUUAUGUUUGGGUUUGUUUAUUAAUUAUUAUUUAUGAAUAAUCGGACCAGUACGUGAGGAUUGAGCCCACGCUGUGCCGAGAAACUGCUAUAUAUGAACGUGACCAACCAGUGGGUUUCCUUGCUGUCUUACAGGCAAUAAAAGUGCAUUCAAA